AUGAUAUUUGUAGACCAUUCGAGCAAGUUGGCGUAUCUCGACCCUGUCAACGAUAAUGCGACUGGUGAUUAUACCUCAAAGAUCACUUUCCUGCAAAAUUCUGGCAAACGUUGCUUGAGUUGCUCGACACCCUGUCCAACAGAGACGAUCGAGGCUGUAAAUGCAGACCCGGUUGAGGAUAGAUUGUAG